CUUCAACGACAUUAGAAACUCACAAUGGCUGGCGCACUACAGAAUGCAAAGCGGGACCUGCCAAAGAUCAGGGACGAAGAACAUGAAAGCAGAUUCGGCCAGGUUUAUGGCGUCUCAGGACCAGUCGUCGUCGCCGAGAACAUGGUUGGCGCAGCCAUGUACGAACUAGUGCGAGUCGGUCACGAUGAGCUCGUCGGAGAGGUUAUUCGUAUCGAGGCUGAUAAGGCCACCAUUCAGGUUUAUGAGGAGACAUCGGGAGUCACAGUCGGUGACCCUGUCCUGCGCACAGGCAAACCCCUCAGUGUAGAACUCGGUCCAGGUUUAAUGGGAAACAUUGUCGACGGUAUCCAGCGUCCCCUCCGCUCCAUCCAAGAGCUAUCCAAAUCCAUUUACAUCCCGCGCGGAAUCAACACCGACGCCCUCGAUCGCACCAUUCAAUGGGACUUUAAGCCCACCUUCCAGGUCGGGGAUCACAUCAGUGGAGGAGACAUAUUCGGAACAGUCUACGAGAACUCGCUCGUCGACAACCACAAGAUUAUGCUCUCACCAAGAGCUCUGGGAACCGUCUCGUAUAUCGCCCCUCCAGGCAGUUAUACCGUGACCGACACUGUCCUCGAAACAGAAUUCGAAGGCAAGACAACAAAGCACACCUUGAUGCAGCUCUGGCCCGUCCGAGCUCCUCGACCAGUAACCGAGAAACAGACCGCCGAUUAUCCUUUGCUCACUGGUCAACGUAUUCUCGAUGCCCUCUUCCCAUGUGUACAAGGUGGUACUACGGCUAUUCCAGGAGCCUUCGGUUGCGGAAAGACCGUCAUCUCGCAAGCACUCUCCAAAUUCUCGAACAGCGACAUCAUUGUCUACGUUGGUUGUGGCGAGCGUGGUAACGAGAUGGCUGAAGUCUUGAUGGAAUUCCCUGAACUCGACAUGGAAAUUGGAGACCGCAAAGAACCCAUCAUGAAACGUACCACUCUUGUAGCCAAUACCUCCAACAUGCCCGUCGCCGCACGAGAAGCCUCCAUCUACACCGGUAUCACCCUAUCAGAGUACUUCCGUGACCAGGGCUCAAACGUCGCAAUGAUGGCUGAUUCGACUUCGCGAUGGGCCGAGGCUUUGCGUGAAAUCUCAGGUCGUCUCGCUGAAAUGCCUGCGGACUCUGGUUAUCCCGCCUACCUUGGAACUAAACUGGCCAGCUUCUAUGAGCGAGCAGGAAAGGUUAUUUGUCUCGGUAAUCCUCGCCGACAGGGCACCGUUUCCAUCGUUGGAGCCGUAUCUCCUCCUGGUGGUGACUUUUCAGAUCCCGUUACAUCCGCCACCCUUGGUAUCGUACAGGUCUUCUGGGGUCUCGACAAGAAACUCGCUCAACGCAAACACUUCCCCUCCGUCAACUGGUCCCUGUCCUACUCCAAAUACACCAAGAUCCUCGAGCCCUACUACGAAAGCACUGAACCCGGAUUCGUUGAGCUCCGAACAAAGACCAAGGAGAUUCUUCAAAAGGAAGAAGACUUGGCCGAAAUUGUUCAACUCGUCGGAAAGAGUGCACUCGGUGAAGCUGACAAGAUCACGCUGGAGGUGGCUAGGAUGUUGAAGGAUGACUUCCUUCAGCAGAACGGCAUGAGUGAAUACGAUCGAUACUGCCCAUUCUACAAGACGAGCGCCAUGUUGCGCAACUUUGUGACCUAUCACGAUCUGGCUAUCAAGGCUGUCAACCAGAAUGAAUUGACUUUCUCCAAGAUCAAAGACUCUACCAGCGACCUUAUGUUCAAGCUCUCGCAAAUGAAGUUCGAGUCACCAUCGCAAGGGAAGGAGGAUGUCAAGGGCAAGUUGGACGCUUUGUACGCGGAAAUGCAAGACAAGUUCCGCCAACUGGCAGAGUAA